GAUUUGCAAGCGACCUUGUUUACGGAAUCACCCCGUUAAUCACCCCUGUAUCCGAUGCCAUCUAGACAGUCAUUGGGUUUUAUCAAUCCGGAGGACGACAGUAUUUUGAAAGGGAUUUCCGAGGAGGUUCCGGAGGCUUACGAAGAUGGGGGUGUUGGAUCCAGUCUAGUCCCAUAUCGUAUAGAUGACGACAUCAACAGUAUUGAACAGCAGAGACAACAUCUACCUGUCUUUUCCUGGAGAAGUUCUGUUUUGUACUUGCUAGAGACAAACAGGGUGCUUAUCAUCACAGGGGAAACAGGCAGUGGUAAAUCUACACAACUACCCCAGUACGUUUAUGAAGCGGGCUGGCUAAUUGCGAAACCCACCCAGAUCUCUCCAAAUGGUGCCACUAUGGCUGUGACACAGCCUCGCAGGGUUGCUGCUCUGACACUUGCGGCACGCGUUGCAGAGGAGAAAAACUGGCAGCUUGGACAGCAUGUUGGCUAUUCGAUCCGAUUCGAAGAAUGCCGCACCCCCCAAGUAACUGUCAUUUCAUACAUGACAGAGGGUAUGCUCGUUCAAGAGUUAUUGCGCGAUCCAUUACUUCGUCGCUUCCGUGUGGUCAUGCUUGACGAAGUCCACGAACGGUCACUGCAGACCGAUAUCCUACUAGGUUUGAUGAAGAAGGUGUUACGAAAGCGUCCCUAUGAUCUACGAUUGAUUGUAUCCUCGGCUACUGUCGAAGUUAAAAGGUUUAUGGACUAUUUUUCAGACUUGUGCAAACCAGAUCCUGAUGAAAAACCGGACUCCAGAUCCCUUGGUUCUGUUGCUCAUUUGAAUGUGGAAGGUCGUCAAUACCCCGUCCAUGUGUUCUAUUCUAUUGACCCGGUUCCUUGCUAUCUCAAAGCCUCCAAGGAUGUAGUAUUCAAUAUCCACGAAUCACGACCUUUAGGUGGCGACAUUCUUGUCUUCGUCACAGGUCAAAAUGAAGUCAUUCAGCUGGUUGGCGAAUUGGUUGACGAGUAUCGGGCUCGCAAAGAACGAUUCUUGCAGUCCAAAGCAACAGAAAAACCAUCUAAACAACCUAUCUCCUAUCCACCCUUGCGAUGCCUUCCGCUCCAUGGUUCCUUACCACAGAGUGAUCAACUGCGUAUCUUCGAUCGACCCACCCGGUCUUGUCGUAAAGUUGUUGUGGCUACUAAUAUAGCCGAGACCUCUGUCACUUUACCCGGAAUUUCGUACGUGGUUGACUGCGGUUUCGCCCGCUUAAAAGCUUACAAUGCUACGACGGGCCUGGAGGCACUGGUCACUACCUUCCGACUUUACACUGAAGAAGUUUAUCGCAGUCUGCUCCCACGCUUCACUCCUCCAGAAUCACUACGUACCGAUCUAUCCGGUGCGUUAUUACGCUUAAAGACCCUGGGUGUCGACCGUCUUGCACGUUUUGAUUGGUUGGAUCCCCCUCCUCCAAGCCAUGUGGGACAAGCAGCUGAACGUCUGGUUGCUCUUGGGGCUCUUGAUCCAGACACUGGACGUCUGACCGUACCACGCGGUUUGAAGCUGGCCGAAGUUUCUACCGCAUGUGGGCUAGAUCAGCCGUCAGCCGCAGCUGCACUCCUAGGAUCUUGUGAGGAAGGUUGUUCUCAGGAAGUUGCUGCCGUUGUUUCCCUGAUGCAGAUUCAGCGGUUGUUCGUUAGUGCACAAGGUCAGCGACGUCAGGGUGAUCGUUUGCGAAGACAACUUUUUGGUUGCCGACAGGGGGACCAUCUGACCGAAUUGAACGCUUUCACUGCGUAUGAAAAACAAGCUCAGACCUGCUCACCGAGUGAACUGCGCAACUGGUGUCGGGAUGCUGGAUUGAACUUUAAAGGGUUGGUGCACGCGGUCACUCUGCGUGAUCGGAUCGGAGCCAUGUUCCAUCGGUUAAAACUACCCUGGGUCAAAGCUGAACCCGAAGGAAACCCGGAACCUGUUCUUCGCGCCUUGGUGCGCGGCUAUUUCCAUCAGGUCGCACGAUUAGCUCCAUCAGGAUCCCACUAUCUUACUGUUCGUGGGGAUCACCAGCUCCGAUUACACCCCAAUUGCGUGUUGUACAGCUCUUGUGCCAAAUGGCCUGCCUGGAUCCUCUUUACCAACGUGUUUCUGGCUACGGAUACAGCUGCCGGAACCGAAGAUACUUCGAGGCGUAUUUCUUCCUCUGGCGAUGGAUUGCCUACAUGCGUGAGUGGGGUCAGUGCUAUUCAACCGGACUGGUUACUGGAGCUCGCACCACACUAUUACCACUUUGGUACCGACCGUGAGCAUUUGGAACGGGCGUUGAGGGUCUCAGCAUGAGUGAAUUGCACAGCACAACCAUUGUUGUAGUUAUUUUGCAUAGCCUGAGGACAUUACUGUGAUUCCUCUGAUAUGCUGUACAUAGAUUCCCGUUAUAAACACAGAUAAAAGUCAU